GGUGGUAUGGGUACUACACUUCACAACCUUAUUAGUGGAACACUCCUUCUCACGACACCUUUAUUCUUCAGUGGAACACCUUAUUACCUUACUGUCAUCAACGUCUAUGACUAUUGUCUUAGCAGUACUUAAUCUACUUUACAUGUUCAGUAAAAGGUCUAAUUUCAUCACCCGCCUUGCUGUAGCCCCUCGCCAAGCCCUUUUGAUGCGUCUCAUAAAUUUGGCUGAACCCUGGGGAGGCAAGGACAAUGGCUUUGGUUUAGCCCAGUGUUGUCAGGACCUUCCCUUGUCUUCCUUUCCUGAAAAUGCCACCACCCUACAUUAUGAGUUCUAUGGUGAACACCAACAACAGCCACAACAGCAAACAUCGCAGCAGCAACCACAACAACAAACUGGUGACUCUCCAAGUGGAAGCAGCAGUAGUGGGGCUCGCAGUAGUAAUUCUAUCAUCACUAUUCACAUUGAUAAUAUGCAGAAUAUAUCAAAGUCCCCUGCGCAAGUCAUGGAGGAGCUUUUACAGGUCUACAAAGUGCCUAUGGAGAAACAGAUGAUCCUGUUUACCCACAUAAGAUUAGCUCAUAGUUUUGGUUCAUUUGAAACUCGUUUGCAGUGUGUCCAAGCGAGACUACAAGCAUUGUCUGUUUUAGUGUAUUGCAAUGCAUUGCAGGACAAUGCUAAUACAGUGUUAUAUUCUGGGCUUCUGGAUGAAUUUGUGGAGGUUUUGGAAAUUCACGAUCCAAAACUUACUGAAAUUAAGGCUGCCACAUUGCGUACUUUGACUUCAAUUAUUCACCUGGAUCGUAUGCCCAGUUUCCCUAAGUUGAAUACAAUAAUUGAUGUAACAGGUGCCUCCUCUUACCAUGGAUUCUUGCCAGUUCUGGUUAGGUCUUGCAUCUCUUCGUUAACAGCCACCAACCCGCCAGUUCCCAACCCCUUUCCUGCCCCACUUGCCACAGCCCUGUUUUCAUUCCUUUAUCAUUUAGCAAGUUAUGAAGCUGGUGGUGAAGCUCUUGUCUCUUGUGGCAUGAUGGAGUCUCUCAUAUCUGUUGUAAACUGGAAGGGAACGGAGCCGGAUCACAUAACUUUUGUGACCAGGGCAGUUCGUGUUAUCGAUCUCAUAACCAACUUGGAUAUGCAUGCCUUUCAGACACAUGGAGGGCUUACAGCCUUCAUUAGAAGAUUAGAGGUGGAAGUAGACGAGUGCCGAAAAGAACAACCUUUCGUCAUUACUCUGCCAGCACCGCUUGCAGAAAAUGAUUCUCCCUCUUCAGCUACAGAAAGCACUCAAGCAGCAGCAGCUGCAGAAAGAGAAGCUUCUGUAGCCACAGAAAGUGCAGAAGUUGGGGACACAGCCACUCCAUCUCCAAUGGACACAACCGAGUCUUAUACUACUGGUGCGGCCGGGACAUCUUUUCAGACAAAUGAGGUUGAAAACAUAAGACCCAGUACGUCAGCUGCGGCAGAUAUAACGGCCAGUUCUCGACCAGAUUAUAGUGAAGCAAAGACAGGUUUAUCGUGCUUGCCCCAGAGAGCAGCCCUAGUGAAAUCAAUGUUGAACUUUUUGAAAAAAGCAAUUCAAGAACCUGGUUUCAGUGAAAGUAUGAGACACUUAAUGGAAGGAAGUCUACCAGCUUCCUUGAAACAUAUCAUAAGUAAUGCUGAGUAUUACGGGGCCUCUCUGUUUUUGCUCGCAACUGAUGUUGUUACUGUAUACGUGUUUGGGGAACCAUCACUCUUGUCCUCCCUUCAAGAUAAUGGUCUCACAGAUGUUGUGUUACACGCAUUGCUAGUCAAAGAUGUACCUGCUACAAGAGAAGUAUUAGGUUCCCUACCAAAUGUAUUCAGUGCUUUAUGCCUUAAUUCUCGUGGUCUAGCUGCAUUCGUAGCUUGUAAACCCUUCGAAAGACUUUUCAAGGUUCUGCUGUCACCUGAUUAUUUACCUGCUAUGAGGAGACGAAGAUCAUCAGAUCCAAUGGGAGACACAGCAUCCAACUUGGGAAAUGCAAUGGAUGAGUUGAUGCGCCACCAGCCAAGUCUAAAAGCCCAAGCAAUGAAAGCCAUUGUUAAGCUCUUAGAGGAAGUGUGUCUGUUGGGAAGUGAUACUCACUACAUAUGCUGGAAGACUCCUCCAAAGCAUGAGGCAUCCCCAGCACCUGUCAUGAGAACUCACAAUGACAAUUCAAGUGAUGAAGAGGAGGAGGAGGAGGAAGAAAGGGAAUCUGGUGUUGCUGGUCCUUCGGUAUCUAGUGGGCAGCGGGAAGAUGUACCACCCACAGACACAACUACAGGAGAGAAAAGACCUGUCCCUCUUGUUGAUUAUGUUUUGAAUGUUAUGAAAUUUGUAGAUGCCAUUCUCUCUAACAAUUCAACUGACGACCAUUGUAAAGAAUUUGUGUCGCAGAAGGGUUUGGUUCCACUGUUGGGUAUUCUUGGAUUGCCCAAUUUACCAAUUGAUUUCCCAGUGUCACAGGCAUGUCAGUCUGUAGCAUCUGUAUGUAAAUCUAUUUUGAACCUUGCUCAUGAGCAUGGUGUUCUUCAGCGAGGACUCCAAUGUCUAAAUGAGAAGUUAGAAGCCCUAGCACCUCUUCAUGAACCCCUGCCAGCACCUGGAGGCUCAGUGCUGCUGCGUGAACUAGCAUCUGCUCCAACUCCUGGGGAAGCAACAGCCUUCCCACAAGCCACUCCACUACUUCAUACAUUGAGUGCAGUCCAUGCAUACAUAAUGAUGCUUGUUCAUGUAUGUAGAACUGGGCAAACAGAAAUCAGACAGGUAUCCAUCAGUCAGUGGGGAACAGAUUUAGGAUUGAGAGUGUUAGCUGGCUUAACAAAGUUAUAUACUUCACUGGUGUGGGAAUCUACAGUACUUCUAGCUUUAUGUUCUGAUGAUGGAUUACCAGCUGGCUGCUUAUUUGGGAAAGAAGAUACAGAAAAAUUACUUCCUCCUGAUUUAAAGGGUGAAGAAGGCAGUCGAAAUGAAGCUGUUGCCAUGGAAGUUACAGAAAGUAAUAACAGAGGCAUAUCUGAUAACGGUACACCCCUUGGGGAAGGUACCUCUGCAGAAAGCCCUACUCGUCAACAGUCAGCAGCAACGCAACACCAGAUGAAGUUGAUAAAGCCCCUACUGUCAUCAGCUUCACGAUUAGGAAAGGCUUUAGCCGAACUCUUUGCCUUGCUUGUUAAGCUGUGUGUGGGAUCUCCUUUGCGGCAAAGAAGAGGUCAGCAAGUGGCACCCUCUCUGACACCACCAUCUACUGCAGCAAGAGCUGUUGCCUCUGCUCUGGCCAAUCUUCUGCAUGCAGGGCUUUCUUGGAGCCCUCCCCCUGCUUCCCCUUUACCAAAGUUCCGUUUGACUUUUCUCAUCUGCUCUGUCAGGUUUACUAAUCCGAUGCUGUUUGAUGAUAAGAAGAUGCCGUAUCACCUGAUGAUUCAGUACUUUGUGUCAUCACAGGGCCUUAAUGCUUUCUUCAAUACUUUUGAGUGGGCAAUUAGUGCUGGUGGCACAUCGCCUGAUCAAGAAGGGUCAGAUCCUGAAGAGUUACCAGAGGGUACUGGAGAAUUCCUAGACACCUGGUUGGUUUUACUGGAACGGCUGGUAAACCCUCGCACCAUGCUGGAGUCUCCCCAUGCCUUACCUGCCAAGUCUUCCCAGCCUGGAUACCAGCCAUUCAGUCCACUAAAGUUCCUUAUUCAUAUUCAGAAGGUUGCGUUUGAAGCUGUGAUGAAAUUGUGGAAUAAAAAGAAGACACCACUGAAAUCAUAUGGGGUAAGGAUAUCAGAGUCUGUCCUUGUCAUACUGUGUAAUGUUAUCAAGAGUGAAGCCAUCAUCCAAGAAAGACUUGCUAAAGAAAAGGAAGCCACUAGUGGCAGCUCUACGUUAACUACCACUACUACCACAAAUGCUACUGCAGGGCCUACCCCAGCUCCUAGUGCAGUGGCAUCUUUGGCAACUGCAGAACCUGUUAGCCAGCCUCCACCAGCAGAGCCAGAUGUCAAUCCCCAGCAUCUCCAGGCACUAAUGGACAUGGGAUUUGGCCGUGAUAGGUGCAUGGAAGCUAUCACACAAACGAACACACUUCAACAAGCAACAGAAUAUUUGUUGAUGAAUCCUAUGGAUCAAGUUGGUGGUGUGAGCGGUGGUGAAAUGGAAUUAACUGAGGAAGACCAAAUGCUUCAAGCAAUUGCCAUGUCUUUAGGUGAGGAUGUUCAGUUGUCAGGUUCAUCAGAUCCUCGAAACAGUAGUAGCACAUCCCAGCAGCCUCCUGGCUCUGCUCCUAAGCCUCCACCUUUCCCACAAAAGGAAAUGGAUGAUGAGCCGUUAAGUAAAAGUACUCUUGAUAAGUUUAGUGAAUGCGUAUUAGAAGGAUGCUUAAGCCAAUUGGAUGUGCAACCCCAGAUGGUUUACAAAGUGUGCGAGUUACUUACUACCUGUGCAACAAGAAAUGGUAGCGAAUGGCGUCAGAGUAUGCUCACCACCUUGAUUAAUGAAAUUAGUAGCCAAGCGAAUCAGUUGCUGGCUUCAUCACUCGCAUCGCCAGAAACUGUGGAACAACUCUGUACCUCCGUCCUCGCCUCGAAAUUUGCUGUUAGGUUACAUCUUGUCACUUUACUUUUUGAGGAAAUGAAGAGAGGCUGUGCUGGAGCCAUGGAACAAGCUGGCCUGGUAGAUACACUGACAGAAUUGUUCAUUAUAACUCAUGCUGUCAUGGCUGCUAAUCCUCCCCCACUCCCAACUUCUGCUCCAGCAUCUGCCACUGGUGCUUCAGGUGGUGCUUCAGCUGCACCAUCAACAACCCCAUCAUUGAUUCCAAUUCCCCCCUGGCACCACCACCUUCAACCGGGGGGUCCUCACAAGCCAAAGAUAAAGAGAAGGACAAGGAAGAUACAGAGGGCACAGGAACUCCCAAAUGGCUGUCACCAGGUUUACUCUUGCAUAUGCAAUCAUGUGUGGAAAUGGUUUGAUAUGAGCACAUUGAAGUGGUGUGCAUAUUCACCGAGCAACAACAAGAGUAUUGAUGAUGCAUACUGGGCUGGUGAGGCUAGUAUUCGUAUAAUUAAUGGAAGGAGGAAAUACACCAUUCAGUUCCACUCAAUGGUGCAGGUCAAUGAAGAGUCUGGCAACCGCCGUCCCAUCAUGAUUACCAUCAAGGACAAAGUGAUUGCAGAAGAGAAGAAGAAAUUACCCAGUGUUAUGCCUAAGGAUGAGCCAACACCGACAACAGAGGAAGGAGGUCAAACGGGAAGCACAAAGGUUGAUGGCAAUGGAACAGAAGAUGGGGAAAAGCCUAGCCAUGAAGAAUCCUUGUCAGAAGAGGUUGCUUUGGACACUGCUGCUGCAACAGCUGUAGAUGUACAAGAGGCAGCUGUUACUGUUGCAACAGGGGAAGAGAAGAUGGAAUGUGAAGAGUCAGAGGACACCACUACAGCAGCUUCUGCAGAAGUUGAUGCAGCUGAAAUAGCACCUAUUGAUGGCCUUAACAGGACACAUCAUGAGGCCAUAAUCAGGGCUUGUGUUGGCUUCAUGAAACUUGGUGUCGACCCAGAUACUCUACAUGCUCUAAUGCGUCUUUGUUUGAGAGUAACUCGAGUUUGGGAGCAGGCAUGUCUGUUUGCCAGCUUAGGCGGUGUUCGUACGCUCCUCUCCUUAACAGAAUCAUCGGGCUUUUGGGGUUUUCAUAGUCUUGCUGCUCUUCUCAUGAGACACAUUCUAGAAGAGCCCACCACUCUACGAUACACAAUGGAAAAGGUAAUAAGGUCAUCAGCCAGCAAUAAUACUAUGUCUGGGGCUAAAGAACUGCAUUAUCUACUUCGUCUCCUUGCUCCGGCUGCAUGUCGAGACCCACAGCUAUUUACAGAAAUAACCCAGCAAUGUCUCCGAAUAGAUCUAAACAUGACUCUGAAGAGGAAUCUUAUGUCGGCCAACAGUGAAGACAGUAUCUUGAUGAAAAGUAUUGGUGGAAAGAGUGUUGGUGCUGCUGCUGCAGCAGGAGGCUCCAGCACAUCUGGGAGCGGUGGUAGCUCUACAGGCACUGGGAUGACGCUCGGUAGUGAACCUCAGCAACUAAUUCACGAUCUGUUAGAAGCCCUCACAACCCUGAGUGAUGAUAGCGAGUCACCUGCUCCUGCUGGAGUAAAUCAGUGCUCAUUAGUUGCUGCUAUGGUGAAUGCCACAACUACACCAACAGAAGAAAGAGCGGCAUCUUCUACUGUCGGUGCUCGCCGCCAGAUUCAUCUUUCUCGGUCGUCGUCUGCUAAUGACAUGAUUGUUCAGGAGGCAGAUGAACAGAGUCCUAUGGAGAGUGAUAGCAGUAAGAUUCCUGGUGCAAGUGCAAAGACUGCUUCAAAUGAGAAAAUUGAUGAAGCAGCAAAGAGAAAGAAACCCUUACUGUCCAAGUCUCUGAUAUGCAAAUUGCUAGCAGAGUUUGUCCGCUCUUAUGCUGGUUGUGCUAAGCUGGUCACGGAACACCAUUAUUCAGCGGGGUCAAAUGAUAAAAUAACAGAGGAUUGUUCUGCACUUGCAUACAUGUUGGACCAUCUGGUUUGUAGUAGUUCAGCAUCAGAUAAAGAUACAGCAAGUCAUGUUCGGGUGUUGAUAGCUGCCUUGGCAUCUUGCAAUCAUGCUCCAGAUGCACAGACUAUUCUUGUGACAGAGGUUAAAGGUGCUCUUGGUAGAGCAACUGUAGUCACUGAAAGUGCAGAAAAGCAUGCCAGAAUUCAGGCCCUUGUUGGUCUGAUAUGUACAAUGAUGGAAGCCUGUCCAGCUCAGCUGAACCAGCCUGCCAAUCUCUGCUUUAAGCAACAACAGCAUCAUGGAAUGAAUAACAUGAUAAGGGUCAUGGUUAGAAAAGGAUUAGUCACUGAUUUGGCCCGAAUACCUCACAGCUUGGAUCUCUCUUCUCCUAAUAUGGCAGCCACAAUCAAUGCAGCUUUGAAACCAUUGGAACUUGUAUCUCGUAUUGUAAAUCUGCCAUCAUUUGGUAUUGCUUCUUCAUCUAAAAAGAAAACUCCACAGAAUGAUGAUCAGCAACAGCCUAUGGGCACAGAAACAACCAAUAGUGAGGCGACAAGAGCACAAGGUGAUGAUAACAUUGAGGAUACAGAAAAUACGGAACAUGAUAUUAGUACAGCUGGUGAGAUUUUGGAGCCUUCAUCAGAUGCUCAUCCGGAUGGUACACUGGUGGAAGGAGAUGAGGCAGGUUUGGAAGAAAUCUUAGAUCAAUUGUUGGAAGAUGGGAGUGGUGGUGCAAGAGGACAAGGACACCGUGACUCCGUUACUGCAGUUCGUUAUGUCAUAGAGAGGGAUCCUCCAAUGGAUACGGACGAUACUAUGCAUGACUCUCGUAUGGUAACGCAUUCUGAAAGUCAGUUUCUUGAGGGUGAAGAGGCAGGAAAUGAAGAACACGACGACUCCUCAUCAGAGUCGUCAGAUGACCGGGAAGAGGAAGGGGAUGAUGAUGACAAUGAUGAGGAAGUGGAGGAGGAGGAGGAAGAAGAGGAAGAAGAUGGAGGUUUUAUUGUCUUGCAAACAGCUGAUGAUGACGAUGAUGAUGAGGAAGAGGAGGAGGAAGGGUCAGUCUUUGAUGAGGGCUAUGAAGACCUUGAGGAAACUUUCAUCCGACUUCCAGGUGAACGGGAUUCUGAUGACAUUCUCCUCCUCCCUUCUUACCAGCAGUACAUAGAUACUAUAGAUACAAUUAUCUUCGGUGAUCGAGUGUCUCAUCAUCACCAGACGCAUUCACAUGAAGAUCCUUCUUUUAUGGCUUCAACACCUAAUGCCAAUCCAAGUGGAAGCAAUGCCAUCCCAACGCAUCCAUUAUUCCAAAAUCCUCGAGAGGUCCCUGCCACAGGCAGUGCUCGUCUCAACAGCAGGCCCAGUCGUCAGCGCGGGGUGCUCAGGUACCAUACUGUCACCCCACGCACCCACACCACCACCACCACCAUACUCCAGAGAUUACUGGGUCCUAGUCAUCGAGAUGUACUCCAGUUGACUUCAAAUCUAAGGGAAGCCAACCAAGUACUUUUCACAAAUCCUGAUGUUAGACUUAUGCCACCCGAUCCAGAUGAAUUUAUUGAUAUGCAGGAUCAUGGUGGAAACAUGAUGAACAAUGGAGGGUCUUCAGCAUCUUUGGCAAAUGUACCUAAUGCUCUUUCUAGGUGGACUGAAGAAACACGGGUCUUAGAGGCAGAUUCAAUGCAUGAUGCAGUUACAGUUGUCAAACCAGCUCUUAUGGCAGUGUUAGAAAAGUACAGAGAUGCAGAACAGAGCGAGAGAGACAAGAAAAAGAAAGAACAAGAGGCAAAUAAGCCACCACCACCAGUGUCAAGUGAAAGUUCUCAGGGUCCCCUUGUCCUUCUUCAAAGUGGAGAUGCAGAAAUGGGUGAAGCAACUGAUACCAACCAGCCUAGUUCAGCUCAGGUACCAAGUUCUGAUUUGGAAGCUCCAAGUACUGAAGCUGGUGGUCAAGAUGCAUCUGCAAUAUUGAGUACUGCAUCAAUUGCAGAGUCAAUUGUGGAAUCUGUCUUAGGGUCGUCUUCAGGGCAUUUGUCAACCACGACAACUCCAAGCUUUUCUGGGUUAUUAACCCUUCUCUCCCCUGUAUCAAGAAGUGCACCAACUCCUCUCUCUCCCGUGUCUGUUAGUGCACCAUCUCUACCUCUUCAGGAACCACCAGUCUCUUCCAUUCCAGUUGCCUCUGGCACAACAUUAGUAGGAGGAAUUCCGUCAGCUCCAAGUACCCCAACACAGACAUCAUCAGUUAGUGCUUUACCCCCUCUUCCAUCCCCAACUUCUGCUUCUGCAGGAAUGCCUCCUCUCAUACCCCCAACAAGUGUAACAACAAUGGAAAAUGAACCUCCAUCUUCAAUGGCUGUUACAGAUACAGAAAUGGUAGCUGCUUCACCGUUACCAGCUAUGGUGUCUACUCCUUUAGCUCAAGAUAGCGUUGAGAGUAUAUCAGGGCAAGAAGAAACUCCCAUGUCUGUCAGUCCACCAGAAUAUCGUAGCCGCUCUCCUGUGUUGUAUGCCAUGCCUGGGGAAACCGUAGUAACUCCUCCUCCAUUACCUCAAGCUACACCAAGAGAAGCCUGGGAAGACCCAAGUAAUGUUAAUAUGCAGCAAGAUCCAUCUGGAGAUCAGCCCAUAACUGUUGCACCUGAACUAGUGAUGCCAUCUGCUGGAAGAAGUGUUGUUGCUGGCCAGGAGGGUUCACAGGAUGAAGGUAAUCAAGAAAGCAGCGAGGCAGGUCCAUCUGGUUCUGCAGCAAGUCGGCCUGACUAUUCUGCAAUUCUUGGUGACAUAGAAAUUCCCGAAGGUGUUGAUCCCAGUUUCCUUGCUGCAUUGCCUGAAGACAUGAGGCAAGAAGUUAUUGCAGAACAGCUAAGAUUACAACGGGUAAGACAGCGAGCGACAGAAAACACUCGUGAAAGUAAUAGUGGCAGUGUGAGUGAAGUGAAUCCCGAAUUUCUUGCAGCUCUGCCUCCUAAUAUUCAGGAAGAAGUCCUGGCACAACAGCGGUUAGAGCAGCAGAGACAACAGGCUGCACGUGCUAACCCUGAUGAUCCUAUGGAUCCUGUCUCAUUUUUGCAGACCUUGCCACCUUCCUUAAGGCAGACAAUACUAGCAGAUUUAGAGGACUCACAGUUUGCAGCCCUUCCUCCUGAGCUAGCACAAGAAGCACAAACGCUGCGAAGGCAGCGUGAAGAGCGAAACAGGCAUGUUCAUGAUCACAUGUUCAGUCGCUCUGGCACGUCUCUCUCCUCCAUUCUUCGUAAUACAGCUCGUAUUGGCUCUCGCCUUAUGCAUUCUUCAAGCUGGUCAACCAGUUGGAACCUUCGGCCAUCCUCGAGUGGCCAACAAGUCACCACGACGAGUAGUAGUAAGCCUCGAGGCCGUCCACUGCUCGAUCAUGAGGCUCUGACUUGCCUUUUAGUUCUACUCUUCGUAGACGAGCCAAAAUUAAAUACAGGUCGAUUGCAUCGAGUUCUCCGUUACCUCUGUCACCAUGCGCCUACAAGGGAUUGGGUUAUUAAGGUAAACUUGAAACCUUGGUCCUUGUUUGAUUGCCUUUACUGUCCUACUCUUGGGAACUUGUUGGUGGGACCAAAAUACCAAAGUUCUAGUAGUGGGAUUGGAACCAGUAGUGGUGAACCACCUACACCUCUGAUCCCAGUAACUCCUGAGACGACCAGCAAAGGCAGUAGUAAAAAGGGCAGUGGGAGUUCAAGAUUUGAGCCUUCUGUAAUGUCCACGCCUGUCUGGAGGAGUGAAGCGCGAUCGCCAGCAGCACCAUCUUGGUUAAGCAUGAGUAUGGAUGCUGCGUUAGGUUGUCGUGCAAGUAUUUUUCAAAUUCAGCGCACACAGCCGACUGGUAAACGCACAUCAUCGGCAGCGCUAACCACCUCUGUUCAUAUUCAUCCUCAGGCCUCUCCAUUAGUGUGCAGACAUACUUUAGACACAUUGAUCUCGCUGGCCAAGAGUUUUCCUGGACACUUUUUACCAUAUCAGGGGAAGGACUCUGAAGAGAAAAGUGAUAGUAAAAAAUCUAAUAAUUGUAGUAGUGGAAAUACCACUGGUGCUGUGAGCAAAACUUCUAAAAGUCAAAGUAGUGAACCCACAGACUUCUGGGAAUUAUUAGUUAAAUUAGACUCUAUUAGUGUUUCUCGUAAGGGUAAGGGUUUACCGAGGACUCACUCUAGUGCGAGUGGAAACAAUGAGGAGGAGCAGAAAAUCACGAGUUUAGAAGCGUCAGCGCUUGGCCAACUCAUACAGCAGUUGGCACAUCCGGUUGUGCGUAGGUCUUCACUCCUUACAGAUAGGUUACUCAGGCUUUUAGCUCUAAUUUCUUUAGGGCUACCAGAAACGUCAGAUAGUAAUACAUCAAGCACAGCUAUUGCAUCAGCAAACACUGGCAGCAGCACUACUACUACUACUACAGGUGCAGCUGCUGCUGGUGCAACCCAUCAGCUAUCUGCAGCUUCUCAGCAAGCUAAUGAGAAUUCUAGUACUUUGGAACAUCUUCUAAAAUUAGCAAUACAGGUUUUGACUAGUAAGUCUUGUUCUGAAGAAGGCCUUGAAGAUGCAACAGCAUUACUUUUACAUCUGUCCCAUGGGCCUCCACCAGCAAGGGACCAAGUGCUGCGAUUGCUCUUACAAGGUGCAGCAACACUUGGCUCAACUGUGGCAACACACAUAGCAUCACUACUUCAGGACCUUAAGGCUCACAAUGCAUCACACCCUGCUCCUGUUCAUGAUGAAGAGCCAAUGACCCAUGUAACUGACAAGAACAAGAAGGGCUUAUUGCAAGACAGGUUUACCAAUGAAUGUGUGAUAAUUAGUGGGACAACCAAAGUUAAACCACCAUGUGAACUACAGUUAGCCUCCAUGUCUUUGCUUACAAGCAAAACUUCCUCUCAGGCCUUCUUUUUGCGUACUCUUAAGGUCAUCAUACAGCUCAGAGAUGCCAUUAGAUUGUCACGCACGAGGAAAACUGCAGUUCAACCAAGUAGUAAUAAUGCAGACAGAGCAGCCAGUAAUAAUCAAGCAGCAAACAACCUAGAACAGCCAAAUGCCACUGGAAACCAGGAACCGUUCGAGUUAUCUGGGAAUCAAGAACAGUUGGCGCUGCCUGCAUCAGUGGACACACCCAUGCAAGCAGAGUCUUCUGAUGCUUCAAUCCAUUGGCAACCUGCCACUGAGGUAUUAUCGGUGGAGGUGUCACCAUUAGAAGCAGGCGAACAGCAUGACACGGGUCAAGUGGAACCACCACCUACGCCUCCACAACAACCUUAUAUUGUCACCCCACCAGCAGUAACUUUAGAUGUACCAAACCCAGAUGCAGAUAAUGCAGCAAAUGCAUCAGCCUUGCCCAGUGAAGAUAGAGGCCAACCCACUGCUGAAGCAAUGGAUGUAGAUAAUGAAGUCACAGAAACUACAGAGUUAGGAAGUUUGAGUGCUCAACUGUCUUUAGAUGAACUGUGGUCAACACUUUCAGAAUGUUUAGUAGAAUUAGGUGAAACUCCAGACACACAUGCAGUGCUGGUUUUACAGCCUGCAGUGGAGGCCUUUUUCCUUGUUCAUGCUUCGGCAGCAUCAGGGGAUAAAAAAGAUCGUACUACUACACAAGCAGAAUCACGUGAGGCACAACUAGCACAUUUGCAGCAUGAAAUUGCACCACUGUCUCCUCUUCCUUCAGUCCCGUUAGAUGAUGGUGAGGGCAAUGUCAGUGUAGCAGGUUUAAGAAAGAGGGAGAAUUCAAUGUCGGUAUCAGAAAUUAGUCCUGAUGAUACUGAUAAGUUCCUUAAAUUUGCUGAAAAGCAUCGUACUGUUCUAAAUCAAAUUCUCCGACAGUCAACAGUCCACCUGGCUGAUGGACCAUUUAGUGUUUUAGUAGACCACACACGCCUUCUAGAUUUUGAUAUUAAAAGGAAAUACUUUAGAACUGAAUUAGAACGGGCUGAUGAUGGUAUGCGGCGAGAAGACUUGGCUGUACAUGUACGUAGGGAACAUGUCUUUGAAGAUUCCUUCAGAGAGCUACACAGACGUUCCCCCGAUGAAUGGAAAAAUAGGUUCUACAUUGUGUUUGAAGGUGAAGAAGGCCAGGAUGCAGGUGGGCUUUUAAGAGAAUGGUACAUGAUAAUAUCGCGUGAGAUUUUCAACCCCAUGUAUGCCCUGUUUUGUACGUCUCCUGGUGAUCGUGUGACAUACAUGAUCAAUCCUGCUUCUCAUUGCAACUCUAACCAUUUGUCCUAUUUCAAGUUUGUGGGCAGAGUUAUAGCAAAGGCAAUCUAUGACAACAAAUUACUUGAGUGCUACUUUACAAGAUCAUUUUACAAACACAUCCUGGGCAAGAUGGUUCGUGUUGCCGACAUGGAGAGUGAAGAUUAUUCUUUUUACCAAGGUCUUAUCUACCUCUUGGAGCAUAAUGUUGCUGACUUGGGUUAUGAACUUACUUUCAGCACUGAGGUUCAAGAAUUUGGUGUGACAGAAGUAAGGGACCUGAAACCCAAUGGACGCAAUAUUGCAGUCACAGAAGAAAGUAAGAUGGAGUACAUCCGCUUGGUAUGCCAGAUGAAAAUGACAGGAGCCAUCAGAAAGCAAUUGAAUGCUUUCUUGGAAGGCUUCUAUGACAUCAUCCCUAAACGUCUUAUCUCAAUCUUCAAUGAGCAAGAGACGGAGCUGCUAAUAUCUGGUUUACCCACUAUCGACAUUGACGACUUGAGAACAAACACAGAAUAUCACAAGUAUCAACCAAAUUCUCUGCAGAUCCAAUGGUUCUGGCGAGCACUGAGAUCCUUUGAUCAGGCUGAACGUGCAAAGUUCCUUCAGUUUGUUACUGGCACUAGUAAGGUUCCUCUUCAAGGCUUUGUAGCUCUAGAAGGAAUGAAUGGCACACAAAAGUUCCAGAUACACAGAGAUGAUAGAUCCACUGACAGACUUCCUUCAGCCCAUACAUGUUUCAACCAGUUGGAUCUGCCUGUUUAUGAAACUUACGAUAAACUCCGUCACUAUUUGUUGAAGGCAAUUCACGAGUGUGCGGAAGGCUUUGGCUUCGCAUAGAAGAUAUACAGUACACACAUCCUACCGAAGAGAAUCAGAAGCUUUGUAUCGAUUUGCAGUGGAGGUCUAUUUUGUUUAUUUUUUUUACUUAGUUUUUUAUUUAAAGUGAAUUUGCACAGAGAAGUGACAUUUUAUAUGAAGCCUGUUACAUAAGGUUUACACAGGCCCUUUACACAUAAUGUGCACUAGGAAACUUUUCACCAAUCCUUAUGAUGUCUUAUCUUUUGGAAUCUUAAAAUGUAAAAAGAAAUCUUAAACCUACCAGUACUGUAUAAUGCUUUGCCUUCUCAUAACUUAGGGAUAAUCUGUUUUUCUCUUCCUUUGUUUUUAUUUUUCUAUCCCUCCCAUGGUCAUAACUGACCCUAGAUCCACUGGAGAAAUAUAUAGAGAGUUAACCAUCAAAAGCUUAAAAACGGAAGGGCUUGAAAUGCACGUUAAGGUUUGUAGAGUGCUCAUCAUGUUGUCAGAAAUAUAUAAUUUCUUUACAAGUUUUAGGAAAUAAAGAUUAAUUAUUUGAAGUUGUAAAACAAUCAUGGUGAUACCCUGGAAACCUUAAACAUUUAACUUAUUUUUUUCUUUUUAUUGAAGAGUUCGAUCCAGCCAAACCUUCCAUAUUCAUAUGCUGUAUAUUUGGCCUCAAUUUGCUGUAUAUAUAUAAGGCCUUUAGGAAGAAAUGUGAUAUAUAUUAAGGCCCAUGAAGUUGCAAUUAGUCGAGAAUAGCAUAAGGAACAAGGACAUUGGAAACGUCCAUGUUAUGAAUGUAUAAAUAUUUAGCAGUGUGAUCUAGUUAUAGUAAGUUUUCAUUUAUAUCUUAUUACAUAUAUUACUUGACUUCUGGGUUGAUUUUUUUUAUAAAGGAAAAUGAAUUGAGUUUCUCAUGUACGAGUCAACCCAAAUUGUAAGGUGUAUUUAACCAAGAUCAUAGCUUCUUUAGAAUUUUGCAUUAAAUACACUGAACUUG